AAAAGCAAAUUUUCAUUCUCGCGUUCACGCCAGAAUGUAGUCCACGUCCGUCUGUUUGGUGUUGGAUCGCAGUCAUCGAAUAUAAAUUGGAAAAUUGUUUUCAAUCGACUUGUAAAGUGCUUUCCUUUAAUAUCCACGUGAGCUUCUAUUGAUUCGGAGUGCUUCUUUUACUACAACGCACAACAACAAUCCAGUAAACGCUUAGAAUUUCAGAUUGCAUUCAGCAAUCACAAGUUAGCAAAGUAGCAAAAAUGCGUUUGAUCGAUAAAGUCAGGGAGGUCGUCACGGUCCCCGUGUCGCCGAAGUAUCUCCGCAUCUCGACCAUUCUGAUUGCAAUUUACAAAGUGCUCAUCGCUCAUGUGCUGCUGUUCAUCAUGUUGCUGGGAUUGGCCCACGCAGAGGAGAUGAGUGCCAUCCUUGGGGCGGACAUUGCCGACCAGAAGGAGCGCGAGGAGUAUGUUUACAUCCCGACCAAUGCCAAAGGCGAGACCAUGAACCAGCUGCGGUUCAAAUCGGCUGCCAACCUUGCGUCGGUCACGCUCUGCAUGCUGUACAUCGGAACCACUUUGGCGACAAUCUACGUUCUGAGCUGCCUGGGAUUGCUCAUCGGAACACUUCGCAAUCGGCACGAAUUUUUCAUCCCCUGGAUGGUGGUGGACUUUUUCGGAACGUUGAUCUCGGCGUCCGUAAUGAUUGCCGUUGGCUACAACAAGGUGACCUGCUACGCCAUCGGACAGUGGCAGUAUUGGGGCUUCUGCGUUGUUAUGACGGCAUUCAACAUCGUUAUCUGGAUGGUGGUGCGGAUGUUCUACAAGAAUCUGUUGCACAUGACGAAGUUGCGCGAGGUGGCCGUAGUGGCCAUUCCGUGCCCGUCGCCUGGAUCUAAGCAAAUCCCGUAUCACUUCCGCAAGGAGAAUAUGCACCUGAGCGAUGGUGGGCUGAAGCACAUUUUGUUUGACUCGAAUGAGGCAAAUUAUUUGGUUUAAAACAAGAAUGAAACAUGGAAAUGGAUCAGAGGAGGUUAAUGUGUUGGACCCAUGGUUAACAUACGAUAAAGAGUGGGAAGUUUUGUGAUAAUAUUUGGAUUUGGAUCUCGUGGAAUCAUUGGGAAUUUUGUGAUUAUGAGUGAAAAUAAUAAUGCGCAGCAUAAAGCAAAACUUCGAAACUAUUAGAGGUUUUAUGAAACUUCAUUAAUUGUGCUAUAACAAUAUAAACAAUGCAGAUUAAAUCACAACAUAAUUGACUUCUUGAAAAAUUCUUUGAAA